AUGAGGAGGUUCAAAAAGGCUAAUCUGAAACAUAGGCACUUGCCAGCUGAUGAUGAUUGGUUGGAAGAGGAUCGAUCACAAGCUGGUGAUUGGCUGAAAGAGGAGCGGUCAUGCACGCCUAUGAUUGGCUGGAAGAGGAUCGACGAGCACGCCGGUGAGUGGCUGAACGAUAGAGAUGUUCAAAAAGGCAAAUCUGAAACAUAUGGAGGAGCUGCUAAGUGCCUGGAGUGCUGCAGUAAAUUCAGCUUGAAAAGUCUGUUCUGUCCGCCCAUGGCUGUGAGCUGA